AUGUUUACGACACGACAGCGGAACCUUUGUCUCCCUGCGCCGUCCUCCACCGGUCUCCUGUACGGGUCACACGCCAGUAUAUAAACGUUUCACCGGAAGCGUUUCGUCCUCUUUUAGUGAUCCAACAUGGCGGACCAGGGCGAGAAGAAGGAGAACCCCAUGAGAGAGCUGCGCAUUCGCAAGCUCUGCCUGAACAUCUGUGUGGGCGAGAGCGGCGACAGGCUGACCAGAGCCGCCAAGGUGCUGGAGCAGCUCACAGGGCAGACCCCUGUCUUCUCCAAAGCCCGCUACACUGUGAGAUCUUUCGGCAUCCGCAGAAACGAAAAGAUUGCUGUCCACUGCACUGUUCGUGGUGCCAAAGCUGAGGAGAUCCUGGAGAAAGGACUCAAGGUGCGAGAGUACGAGUUGAGAAAGAACAAUUUUUCCGACACCGGAAACUUCGGCUUUGGCAUCCAGGAGCACAUUGAUCUGGGCAUCAAGUACGACCCCAGCAUCGGCAUCUACGGACUGGACUUCUACGUGGUUCUAGGUCGCCCCGGCUUCAGCAUUGCUGACAAGAAAAAGAAACGAGGCCGAAUUGGAUUCAGGCAUCGCAUCCGCAAAGACGAGUCCAUGAUUUGGUUCCAGCAGAAAUAUGAUGGCAUCAUCCUCCCUGGAAAGUAAAGGACUGCCUUUUCAUCUCUUUGUAACAAAGUACCGGUAAUAAAAAAAUAAAAUAA